AUGAAUUUUGUGAUAGGUUAUAAUAUUUUAAAUAUGAAUGGUAUAAUACCUGAAAUGGAACAAAUCAUCAGUCAACUAGAAAGGGGGACUGUGGUAACAAAAUUUUUUUCAAGGAAAAGACCAGAAAAAAAGACUCUUAUGAUACGAAGAGAAACGAGACAAAUUGUAUGGGCAAGAAGUGCAACAUUUAAACCUUUUGACGGUUCAGUUGAAAUAAGAGAAAUCAAAGAAAUUAAGGUUGGAAAACAUUCUAAAGACUUUGAAAAAUGGCCAGAAGAUGCAAAAAGAAUCGAGAAUCUGAGAUGUUUUGUUAUAUAUUAUGGUUCUGAAUUUCGACUUAAAACACUUUCAAUUUCUGCCCUUAGUGAAAAAGAAUGUGAACUUUGGGUAAAAGGGUUACGUCGUUUAGUUCAAGAUACUAUAAAAGCUCCAUAUCCUUUACAAGUUGAAAGAUGGCUAAGAAAAGAGUUUUAUGCAAUGGAAAAUUCAAGAGAAACGGUGACUGUGAAAGAUGUAAAAGCAUUUUUGCCUAGAAUUAAUUGUAAAGUGGCAACAAAUCGACUUCGGGAACUUUUUCAAGAAAUAGAUACAAGAAACAGAAAUGAACUUGGUUUUGAUGAUUUUGUUAUACUUUACCAUAAACUUAUGUUUGAUCAAAAUAAUUUCACAGAUUGGAAUACAUUGCUCAAUUAUUCUACAACAGGGCCAAUUGUUACUGUUCACGAUUUUCAAAAUUUCUUAACAAUUGAACAACAAGAUCCUUUAGGAAAUAAUGAAGUAGAAGUUUCUUGUUUUAUUAGAGACUAUCUACAAGAUCCCCAAAGAGAUGUACAAGAACCACAUUUUACAUUUUCUGAAUUUAUCGAUUUUUUGUUUUCAAAACAAAAUUCUGUUUGGGAUACAAAAUAUUCUCGAAUAUAUCAAGACAUGAACAAAUCUCUAUCACAUUAUUGGAUUGCUUCAUCGCAUAACACGUAUCUAAUGGGAGAUCAAAUUAGCAGCGAAAGUAGUUGUCAGGCUUAUGUACGUGCAUUAAGAACUGGAUGUAGAUGUAUAGAGCUUGAUUGUUGGGAUGGACCUGAUGGGAUGCCAUUUAUUUUUCAUGGUCAUACACUUACCACAAAAAUAAAAUUUUUGGAUGUUAUUAAAACUAUUAAAGAGCAUGCAUUUGCUACAUCAGAUUAUCCUGUCAUUCUAUCUAUCGAGGAUAAUUGCACGCUACCUCAGCAACGUAAAAUGGCAGUUACAAUGCAAGAGGUAUUUGGUGAUAUGCUGUUGAUUCAGCCUGUAGAUAAAAAUGAAACUUCUUUGCCAUCACCACAUGCAUUGAGAAGAAAAAUUAUAUUGAAACAUAAAAAAUUACCUGAUGGUGUUGAUGAAACAUCGUUUCUCAUUAGAAGCGAUGAAAGCAGGCAAGAAAUGGAUCUGAGAAAUACAGUAAAGAAUGGUAUUCUUUAUCUUGAAGACCCCGUUGAUAGAGAGUGGAAUCCUCAUUUUUUUGUGCUCACUCAACAAAAGUUGUUCUAUACGGAUACAUUUUCUAGAAAUCAAGAGAUUGAACAUGAUGACGAUGAAGAAGGUAUAGCUCGGCGGCCAACAGAUGGUGUACCCAAUGAUGAAUUACACUUCGGAGAAAAAUGGUUUCAUGGUAAACUGGCAAGAGGAAGAGAAGAAGCAGAGGAACUGUUACGACGUUACUCUCAUCUUGGUGAUGGUACUUUUUUAGUCCGACAAUGCGUCACAUUUGUGGGAGAUUACUGUCUUUCCUUUUGGCGUAAAGGCAAAGUAAAUCAUUGUCGUAUUAAACUCAAACAAGAAAUGGGUCAAACACGAUACUACCUUAUUGACACAAAUUGCUUUGACAGUUUAUACAGCCUAAUUACACAUUAUCGUAAUCAUCCCUUAAGAAGUCAAGAGUUUUUAAUCACGCUUCAAGAACCUGUCCCGCAACCAAAUAAACACGAAGAGAAAGAAUGGUGGCACGUUGACUGUACCCGAAGUUUAGCCGAGGAAAUGUUGAAACGCAUUCCUACAGAUGGAGCAUUUUUAGUAAGACCCAGUGAAAAAGAAAGCAAUUCUUAUGCUAUUUCAUUUAGAGCAGAGAAGAAAAUUAAACAUUGUAGAAUCAAACAAGAAGGACGUUUAUAUACUAUUGGUACUAUACAGUUUGAAAGCUUGGUUGAAUUAGUUAAUUAUUAUGAAAGACAUCCAUUAUAUAAAAAAAUAAAAUUAAGCCAUCCUGUAAAUCAAGAUUUUAUUAGAAGAAUGGGAUUGGAUACAGAUGAUGGCUCUGUUUAUGGUAUACCUGGAUAUAUGGAUCCUACAAGUUUUACAUCAAAAGUGACUGUAAAAGCAAUUUAUGAUUAUAAAGCAAGGAGAGAAGAUGAAUUAACAUUGGUAAAACAUGCUAUAGUAACAAAUGUGCAUCGACAAAGUGGUGGCUGGUGGCGAGGAGAUUAUGGCGGUAAAAAGCAACAUUGGUUUCCUGCUAAUUAUGUAGAAGAAAUAGAACCUCAAGACAAUCAGGAAGAUUCGGCAGAUUUCAUGAUGUUUGGUAGUCUACAAAAAGGCUCACUAGAUAUUAUGGGUGCUGUUGUUGAAUUAAGGGUAGGUGGAAGGCCUGGACUAGAAUGGAUAUUAAGAAUACAAAAUCCUAGUAUGUGUUCAGUAUUUGAAGUGGCAACGCCUUGUAAAGAUACCGCAUUAGAAUGGAUGGCAAGCAUUAAAGAAACUGCUCAAAAUGCUAGUGUCAGGGAAAAUCAACAUAAAGAGAUGGAACGUGCAUGGAGAAUAGCAAAAGAAAUGUCAAAUUUAAUAGUUUAUUGUAGGUCAGUGGCAUUUAAUUUAGAGCGAAUAAAGACAAAAGGUUUUGUAUUUACUGAAAUGAGUAGCUUUCCCGAGACUAAAGCUGAGAAACUUAUGUGUCAACAAGAAAACAAAUUUUUUAUAAAGUAUCAUCAGGUUCAAUUUAGCAGAGUAUACCCGAAAGGGCAACGUAUUGAUUCGUCAAAUUAUAAUCCUGUGCCAAUGUGGAAUUCUGGCUGCCAAAUGGUAGCGUUAAAUUAUCAAACUGGAGAUAAGUCAAUGCAGCUCAAUCAAGCAAAGUUCAGAGAAAACGGCAAUUGUGGUUAUAUAUUGAAACCUGAAUUUAUGUUUAAAGAUGAUUUUAAUCCAUAUGAUAAAAGUUGCUUACAAGGAUUAGAGCCUGUUAAAUUUAAUUUAAAAAUUAUUGGUGCUAGACAUUUAAUUAGAUCAGGGAGAGGUAUAGCCAGUCCUUUUGUUGAAAUUGAAAUUGUGGGAGCUGAUUUUGAUAGUAGCACGAAAAUAACAACCAAAACAAUACCUGAUAAUGGAUUUAAUCCUAUAUGGAAUGAAUCUACUGAUUUCGAAGUUAUCAAUCCAUACUUUGCAUUCAUACGAUUCAUUGUGCAGGAUGAAGAUAUGUUUGGUGAUAGUAAUUUUAUUGGACAAGCUACUUAUCCCGUCCGGUGCUUACGAUCAGGCUAUAGAAGCGUUCCAUUAAAAAACAAUUAUAGUGAAGAUCUUGAGCUUGCAUCGUUAUUAAUACAUCUUCGAAUUACAUCUUCAGGCUCACAUUCGCAUAAUUUAUAAAACCAAUGGUAAAUUACGGACAAGCCUUGAACUGUUUAAUGCACAUUAGAAUUGAGAAAAGGUUUAGCAUAAAUAUCACUAGAUGAAAUAUUUUGAUUAGAAGCUUAAAUAAAACAUCAAGACUGGUUAUCUACAA